CUGUGAUUUUAAUUUGCAUUUCCUUCAUGACUAAUGAUGUUGAGCAUCUUUUCACGUGCUUAUUGCUGUGCUAAGUCGAUUCAGUCAUGCUGACUCUUUGCGUCCUAUGGACUGUAGCCAGCCAGGCUCCUCUGUCCACGAGAUACUCCAGACAAGAGUACUAGAGUGGGUUGCCAUGGCCUCCUCCAGGGGAUUUUCCCGACCCAGGGAUCGAACCCAUGUCUCUUGCAUUAGCAGACAGCACUGCAGGCACGCUUGAGCGUCAAGUUCACAAGCUUGAAGUGGAGCCGGCCAGUGGAGUUGUGUGUUGUUCUUCAGCUGCUUUAAACUGUGUGAGUAUAGGCACAGGACUCUGGCGGCCGGAGAUGGGCGCCCGGCCCUCGCGGCGGCGGCGGCUGCCCGCGGAGCCGCCCAUAGCCUUGGACGCGCUGCCCCCGGAGCUGCUCGUGCAGGUGUUGAGCCACGUUCCCCCCCGCGCGCUGGUGAUGCGCUGCCGCCCGGUGUGCCGCGCCUGGCGCGACGUGGUGGACGGGCCCACCGUCUGGCUGCUGCAGCUGGCCCGCGACCGCAGCGCGGAGGGCCGCGCGCUCUAUGCGGUGGCCCAGCGCUGCCCGCCCAACAGCGAGGAUGAGGAGGAGUUCCCGCUGUGCGCCCUGGCGCGCUACUGCCUGAGAGCGCCCCUAGGCCGCAACCUCAUCUUCAACUCCUGCGGAGAGCAGGGCUUCAGAGGCUGGGAGGUGGAGCACGGCGGGAAUGGCUGGGCCGUGGAAAAGAACCUCAUAAUGAUGCCAGGCGCUCCUUCCCAGACCUGCUUCGUGACUUCGUUCGAAUGGUGCUUUAAGAGGCAGCUUGUGGACUUGGUGAUGGAAGGGGUGUGGCAGGAGUUGCUCGACAGCGCCCAGAUCGAGAUCUGUGUGGCCGACUGGUGGGGUGCCCGGGAGAACUGCGGCUGCAUCUACCGGCUUCGGGUCCGCCUCCUGGACAUGUAUGAGAAUGAAGUGGUCAAGUUCUCGGCCUCACCCAACCCGGUCCUUCAGUGGACUGAGAGAGGCUGCCGACAGGUCUCCCACGUCUUUACCAACUUUGGCAAGGGUAUCCGCUACGUGUCUUUUGAGCAGUAUGGAAGAGACACACGUUCCUGGGUGGGGCACUACGGCACCCUUGUAACCCACUCCAGUGUGAGGAUCAGGAUCCGCCUGUCCUAGCUAACCAGCCUGACCCAGCCUUCCAAGACAGACUGCCAUCUGCCAGACACUAACAUCAAUCAAGGGCGGCUUUUGCAGCCAGGAGCCAGAGGAUGCCUGGGGAAAGGGGCGGGGAGGUCCCGUGUGGCCUGUUCCCGGCACUCUUCCAGUGAACCCCAUUUGCUGCUGCUUCAGCCAAGGAACCAGGGAUCCAACCAGGCUGGUCACUUGCUUCCCCAGGACAGUGUCGAAGAGUAACUCAGAGACCUGUACUAUACUUGUAAAUUUCUUUCUCACGUGUGUGGUUAUCAAUUGAUGGUUUAGUCACCAAGUCGUGUCCAAGUCUUGUGACCCCAUGGACUGUAGCCCACCAGGCUCCUCUGUCCAUGGGAUUUCUCAGGCAAGAAUACUGGAGUGGAUUGCCAUUUCCUUCUCCAGGUGAUCUUCCUCACCCACAUCUCCUGCAUUGCAGGUGGAUUCUUUAGUGACUGAGCCACCAGGGAAAUCCUAUCAGUCGAUGUGUUAGUUGCUCAGUGGUGUCUGAGUCUUUGUAACCCCAUGGACUGUAGCCCACCAGGCUUCUCUGUCCAUGGGAUUCUCCAGGUAAGAAUACUGGAGUGGAUUGCCAUUCCCUUCUCCAGAGGAUCUUCCCAACCCAGGGAUCAAACCCACUGAGUCAAAAAAAAAGACCAAACCCUGGUUAAAAACAGAGGAAUGCUGCUGACAAUCCUGGACAAGGACUCUUGUCAGCAUGUUUUGGGGGUAAGGCAAUUGCUGGCAGGGAGCAGGGAUUGUCCUCGGGGGGACCAACAGGGGCCUCAAAGGGAACCCAUUCUCUUGUUUGGGGGAAUCUCUGGGACUCAGGAGUGGGGCCCAUGCAAGCUCCUCCAGCACCGCACCCACCAGCACCUCUCCUCUGAGCCAUACAGGUGCCAUUUCUUUCAGAAUUCCUAAGGCCCCGUCUGCACGGACCCCCAAACUGGAUCCUCUACCCCCACCUCCUGCCCCUGCGCUGGGGCAGCCUGCCUUCUGCCAAGGCAACAGCCUCCUUUUCUCCACACUCAAGCCCACUUGGAGAUGGACUGCGGAAGCAAGGCUCCCCUAGUGUCUCCCACUGUUCCCCUAGCUGAGUGCAGCUGACAAGCUAGCUUAAUAAAAAAUUAGUGCAGAGUGUGAGGUGAUGGGGGAUUUUAUCUGUAAUUGAUGUGCUUGUCUGCCCCCAGCUCUGAAACUAAAAAGCUUUGUGGGAUAUUUCCAAUAGUGAGAACCUCAGGUGUGCUAAAUGCCAUGCAAGAAGUGGGUGAGCUUCAAGAACACAGAUGGGCCACAAGGACUCAGCCAACAGCUGAUCAGGUGAUCAGGUGAGGUCCGCAUCACUCUUGGUGCCAUUUUCCAAGGGAGGAAAUGGAGCCAGAAUGGGGAACAAAUAUACCCAGAGUCACACAACAAGAGGUGGAGGCAGGAUUUGAAUCCAGGUGUGUGUGUCUGAGCAGAGCUGUGCACACCAUUCAAUCCCACCAACACCCCUUUG